AUGGCGUCGCAACCAUUGACAGCUGCGAAUAUAUUACCAGUUUUACGCCAUCUUCGAUCUCUCUGUUAUCCGACCCGGUCGGUCACUACAGCAUCCUUCGCAUCCUCGAUCACGCUGCACAUAAUUCCUUCACGAACUUAUUACAAUUACACCGCGACGAACUACACUCCCUUCUCCCUCCCAAAAAAUGGCGCACUGAAACAAUGGGAUUUUGCAGCAUCUUAUUCCACUGCUCCUUCAGCCAAGACCGAGAAGGAAACCGCUGAAGACACUAGUCUAUCUAAAUCAACGAAACAUAAGCCUAAGAAACCUCUACCCGCAUGGGCAGUCCAAAAAAACGCCUUGAAGGAGAAAUUUAAAGAAGGAUGGAAACCGCGGAAGAAGGUGUCUCCCGACACCAUGGAGAGCAUCCGGAAGCUACAUAGCAUGGACUCUGUGAAGUUCUCGACAAAGAAUCUUGCAGAGGAAUUCAAAAUCUCCCCUGAAGCUAUUCGAAGGAUAUUGAAAAGCAAAUGGCGAGCCACAGAGGCAGAGGAAAUUGAUAGGAGAAAUCGCUGGGAGAAACGAAAGAUAAGAAUCCAAGAGCAAAUGAUGGAGCUGGGACUGAGACACACAGAUUCAACUGCUAAAGACGAUCCUAGUACCGAGGAGGUGUUAUCUCAACGCCACCAUUCCUCAAACGCUCUCGAAGACCUUCCUGGUGACUAUCUGUCUCAAAGCAGACGUCGGGAAGGAAUUCCCAAGAAAAGGAUUGUUCCUGAAGACACUUCCUCUCGAAAAUUUGAUCCUUGGGAGGUUACUGCAGAUGAUCUUCUUGGUACUAAAAGAGAUUCUUCCAGGGAUAACUGGUCGAAGGAAGACUCGUCGAAAGCCAGAAGCAGUAAGAUCUCAAAAGACAUCCGCGGAGAAUUGAAUACAAAGCGAAGCUACAAAGAGAAGCCUGACUGGUAG